AUGGAAAAGUACAAUCAAACUUCAACAGAUUUCAUCUUAAUAGGACUAUUCCCCCCAUCAAGGAUUGGCCUUUUCCUAUUGAUACUUAUUGUUCUUGUCUUCCUAACUGCUUUGGUUGGCAACCUCUCCAUGAUUCUCCUCAUCCUCCUAGAUAGCCACCUCCACAUUCCCAUGUAUUUCUUACUUAGCCAGCUCUCCCUCAUGGACCUGACUUACAUCUCCACUACUGUCCCCAAGAUGGUUUCAAAUUUCAUGUUGGGUCAGAAGUCUAUCUCCUUUGCUGAGUGUGGCAUUCAGAUCUUCCUCUUUCUGACUUUAGCUGGUGCUGAAGCAUUGCUACUGGCUUUUAUGGCCUAUGACCGUUAUGUGGCUAUUUGCUUUCCUCUCCACUACCCCAUUCGUAUGAACAAAAGAGUGUGUGUGCUCAUGAUAUCGGGAUCCUGGGUACUGGGCUCUGUGAACUCCUGUGCUCACACUGGGUAUGCGCUCAAUAUCCCUUUUUGCAGAUCAAGGGCUAUCAAUCACUUUUUCUGUGAUGUCCCUGCCAUGUUGACUCUGGCCUGCAUGGACACCUCACUCUAUGAAUACACGGUAUUUUUGAGCACCACCUUUUUUCUCAUGCUUCCAUUUACUGGUAUCAUGUAUUCCUACGGUCGGGUUCUCCUUGCUGUUUACCGCAUGCACUCCGGGGCAGGGAGGAAGAAGGCCUACUUCACCUGCAGCACCCACCUCACUGUGGUGACUUUCUACUACGCACCCUUUGCAUAUACUUACCUACGUCCCAAAUCCCUCCGAUCUCCAGCGGAGGACAAGUUUGUGGCUGUAUUCUACAUCAUCCUUACCCCAAUGCUCAACCCCAUCAUCUACAGCCUGAGAAACAAAGAAGUAAUGGGGGCACUGAGAAGAGUGACUCAGAGAAUUUGCUCUUUAAGCCGGUAG